GUAGCCCGUAGACGGCCAAGCCUUCAACUUCAGUUUAUAGUUUCGCCCCUGUUCCGCUUCUAUUCUCUUGAAAACAAAAAAAAACAAAAAUGCGGCGCGUUUUGAAGACCGGCGGCACCCUGUUGCGUUCGCAAAACAAAAACUUUGCCGCAGCUGUGGCCCAUUACGCCGAUAUGCCCAAGCCCGACACCAGCCCGAAGGUGUGCUUCUCCGAAAUAUUCAUCAACAAUGAGUGGCACAAGAGCAAAUCGGGCAAAACAUUUAAAACCAUUAAUCCGACCACAGAGGAGACCAUCGCUGAAGUCCAGGAAGGUGAUAAGGAGGAUAUCGAAAUGGCCGUGAAGGCUGCCCGCUCUGCAUUCAAGCUGGGUGCGCCAUGGCGUCGUAUGGAUGCUUCAGAUCGCGGUCGUCUGAUGUACCGCUUGGCGGAUUUAAUAGAGAGGGAUCACGUCUACUUGGCUAGUUUGGAGACCCUGGACAAUGGCAAACCCUACUUCAUGUCCUACAAUGUGGAUCUCCCAAUGUCCAUCAAGUGUCUGCGCUACUUUGCCGGCUGGGCCGACAAGAACCAUGGCAAGACCAUCCCCAUAGACGGGGAUUUCUUCACGUACACCCGCCACGAACCCGUGGGCGUUUGCGGUCAGAUCAUUCCCUGGAACUUCCCCAUUCUGAUGAUGGCCUGGAAACUGGGACCCGCACUGGCUACCGGCAACACCAUCAUCCUAAAGCCGGCCGAGCAGACCCCUCUGACGGCCCUGUACAUUGCCCAGCUGGUGAAGGAGGCCGGCUUUCCGCCUGGUGUGGUCAAUGUGGUGCCUGGUUUCGGAAAAGCCGGCGCUGUGCUGGCCAAUCACAUGAAAGUCGACAAGGUGGCCUUCACCGGCUCCACGGAAGUGGGAAAUAUCAUCCAACAGGCAUCCGGCAAUACGAAUCUGAAGCGCGUGACCCUGGAGUUGGGCGGCAAGUCCCCUAACAUUAUCCUCUGCGACGCGGACCUGGACUACGCCGUGGAGACGGCCCACUUCGCUCUCUUCUUCAACAUGGGCCAGUGCUGCUGUGCCGGCUCUCGCACCUUUGUGGAGGAUUCGAUCUACGACGAGUUCGUGGAGCGCAGUGCAGCGCGCGCCAAGAAGAGGACCGUGGGCAACCCCUUUGAUCUGAAAAACGAGCAGGGUCCCCAAAUCUCGAAGGUGCAGAUGGAGAAGAUCCUCUGCAUGAUCAAGCAGGGCAAGGAGGAGGGCGCCAAGCUGGUGGUCGGCGGUAGCCGUCCCAAGGGUGACGGAUACUUUGUCGAGCCCACGGUAUUCGCCGAUGUUCAGGACGACAUGACCAUUGCUCGAGAGGAGAUCUUCGGGCCGGUCCAGCAGUUGAUUCGCUUCAAGAAGCUCGACGAGGUCAUCGAGCGGGCCAACAACUCGCAGUACGGCCUGGCAGCCGCUGUCUUCACCAAGGAUCUGGACAAGGCCAACUACGUGGUCGGUGGCCUGCGAGCCGGCACUGUCUGGGUGAACACCUACAAUAUCCUGCCCACCCAGGCUCCCUUCGGAGGGUACAAGAUGUCCGGCCUGGGCCGUGAGAACGGGGAGUAUGCGCUCUCCAACUACACGGAGGUCAAGAGCGUCAUUGUGAAGGUGCCACAGAAGAAUUCCUAAGAAUGAAGUGUCCUGGACAGGGGUUACAAAAUUUUUAAAGUAAAA